CCUACAGCUCAGAUUUUCGGUAAACAACCCUCUUCCUGGGAAAACGAAUCAGCUCGCCUCCAUCAACCCCUUGCCAUCCCCAUCACACACCCCAACUGAAUCAUGAAAGUCCCUCCGGCCAUACCUGCAUCCCUCGCUCGAUCAUCAAAGAGACUCGCUGUCAAGGAUGGGCCGAAUCUUGAAUACUUCUUGACUCGUGCAAGGGUAUUGUCCCUCUACCGCGACAUCCAACGAACUCUCAAGGACAUCAAGGAUCCGCGAGACCGCCAGGACCUGCAGACAUGGGCCCGAUCAGAUUUUGAGCGGUAUCGCCAUGAAACCAAUCCGGAUAAGAUCAAGUCGCUCAUCUCGCAGGGAAAGCACCAAUUCCAUGCGCUACAAACCAGCCUGUCGCUAUCCUCUGGCAAAUCAAUUAAAGGCGGCAAAAAAUGAACAGCAUGCUGACAGCACUCGUAUCCGUCAUAUCCAUCGCCUUCCACCGCAUCAACUCUCUCACUCUCUUGCACUUCACUGGCUCCAUCAUCCUGUAACAUAGUAAAAUAAAUAUGUAUCCUGAUCUACAC